CUUACUGUUUCUAAAGGUUGCAUGGCGUGGUCAUCAUGGAGUGGCGGCUGCAAAGAGUGCGGAGAGAACCGGGAAAGAGUUGAGUUUAACUGCUCAAGAACUCGGGAAUCCCGGCUUUGUAAAUGCCCUCCUGAAAUUAAUCAUCAGCUCAAGAACCAGCCGUUUUUAUAUAACUCAACCCUUCGGUUCAAAUGCUCUCUAAGAGGUUUCCCUGAACCUGAGGUACUCUGGACUAAGGAUGGGGUGAAUCUUGGUGACAAAAACACUCUCACGAUUGAUCGAGUGAAAUAUGAAGAUGCUGGCCAAUACACAUGCAGCGCCAAAAACAGCGAAGGGAGCAAGAACUCAACUUUCUGGAUUGAAGUGGUAGGAGUCUCUCCCCAGAUCAUUGCACCUCCAACAAACCAAUCUGUUACUAAAGGAUACCCUGUCAACUUUAGUUGCGUAGCCUCAGGUGUUCCAACACCAACAUUUGUAUGGGAUUUUAGUAAUGGUGACCUGUCAUCUGGUAUCCAUCAGACCGAUCAAGAAGGAGAGUCACUCCUGGAAUUGCCACGUGUCACAAAAGAGAUGGAAGGGACUUACAAUUGUACAGCAACAAACAAAGAAAAUACAACCAGUUCCUCUGCAGCACUGCGUGUUUAUGGAAAAGCCUCUGCUCAAAUUGUUCCAGAGACAAAUCCAACACUCACAGCAGGAAAAUUUCUCACAUUGACCUGCAAAGUCAACGAGGAAACCGUAAACAUAACAUGGAAGAAAGAUAGAGAAUCAUUAAGAGAACGAGCAGUUAUAGAUACCCGACUAGAUGAGAGAAAGAGUAAACUUGUUGUUGCUGAGCUUGUGGAAGAGGACAGUGGUGAAUAUUCUUGUGAAGCAAGUAACAAGCUAGGAACUGUAGCUCGCUCUUCUGUGACAUUGGACGUAAAAGCAGCCCCAGCAGCUCCUUCCAGCAAUUCACUGAAGUGGUACUACAUUGGUGGAUCUAUAGCUGCUGUCAUUUUCCUGCUGGUUCUCUAUGCAUACAUCAAAAAACGCCAUGCAACAGCCUUGCAAGAGGUGCCCAGCAGGUUGAAUGAAGAGCAAGAUGAAGUUGAGAUGAGUCAGCUGAACGCAAACACGGAUGGAUGGGAGAUUGCAGUUGACCGCCUGAACUUUCGCGAGCCUAUUGGCAGAGGGGCAUUUGGCUCAGUGUGGCGAGCGCUCCUUAGUCGGUCCCAUGGCAGACGUGAAAGUCGUACAGUCGCUGCCAAGUGUUACCUGCCAAUCUCUGGAGAGCAAGGAAGGAAGGCCCUUCUGAGAGAGAUCGAGUUAUUAAAACUCUUUGGAAGGACGGGCCACGAGAAUGUUGUUAAGUUCAUUGGCUGUGUUACAGUUGGAGCUCAGCCAAUACUUAUCAUAGAGUACCUAUGGCGAGGUGACUUGCUGGGCUACCUCAGAAAAUCCAGGGGGGUUUUCGACCACUAUCAUCGUGGGGUCGGAAGGGUCGACCACUUGACAACAUAUGACAUGGUGCUGUUCGCUAAACAGAUCGCAAAUGGUAUGACUUUUCUCGCGUCUAGAGGGAUAAUUCAUCGUGAUCUCGCAGCUCGCAACAUUCUCCUCGAUGAGCAUCGUGUAUGCAAGUUGACUGAUUUUGGGCUCUCUUAUCAGGAUUUCAAAUACGGUACAGGAAAGGCCAAGAGGGGAUGUAUCCCAGUAAAAUGGAGUGCACCCGAGAUCCUCAUUGGCCAUGUGGAACGGCUGUCAACCAAAAGUGAUGUGUGGUCUUAUGGCAUAGUCCUGUUUGAAAUCUUCACAAUUGGAGGUAUUCCAUACGAAGGAUGGUCGGAAACCACAACAAUAAGAAAAAUCUAUCAAGGAUACCGUUUGCCAAAGCCUGAACAUGUAGACGACAGUAUAUACGCAGUGAUGUUAAGCUGCUGGAAAUAUCAAAUUGCUGCCCGGCCACAUUUUGUGAACCUCUACAAAACAAUGGAUACCUAUCUUAAAACAAAGACAUAUGUGGAUAUCGUGGACAUGGACAAGUAUGAUCAGGAUAAGUACAAGUUUAUCGAUGAUCGUGGGGCUGUUGCAAUCCGAGAAGAUGCAGGACCGGAUGAGCAAGGAGCAGCUGCAGCAAAUCCCAACCGUGAAGUGGGUGCUCACGGUGCUACUGCACAUCCUUUUGUGGUUGAAAUAGACGAUGGCGCUACAGCUUUCCCUCUCACAAUUAGCGAAGGAGCAACUGCAGCAAAUCCCGACCGAGAAGUGGGUGAACACAGUGGUACUGCGCAUCCCUCUGUUGUUGCAAUAGACGGCGGUGCAACAGCUUUCCCCUUCAGAGUUAACGUGGCAGACGAAGGAGCAACUACAGCAAAUCCCGACCGUAAAGCGGAUGAACACGGCGCUAUUGCGCAUCCAUUUGUGGCUGCGAUAGAAGAUGGUGCUAGAGCUUUCCCUCUCGGAAUCAAAGUAGGAGAAGAAAGUUGGGCAGCGCACUCUUUUAAGAGUGAUGACAAAUAUAUUGAUGCCUUAGCGUACCUUCACGAGAGUGAUACCUUACCAUACCUCAGCGACAACGAGGAGGAAGAUUUUGGUGACUGUGAGGGCACUCUUGGGCCUCAGGAAGAGGAUAUUGACGACUCUGAGUGCCCUUUUGUUAUUAAGGAAAAAGAUAUCGAUCUUUUGCCAUCUUCUUUGGUGAUGGAUGACAGAGGUCUUGGUACUCUGGUAUGCCCUUUUUUGACUGAUGAGGAAAAUCCUGAUUGUUCAGCAUGCUCUCUUGUAAUUGAGGAAGAAGAUUCCAGCAACUCAGCAUGCUCCCCUAUGAUUGGGGAGGAAGGUUUGGAAGCCACAGUAUGCCCUUCUGGAGUGACUGAUCCUAAUUUUGUUGCACACUUCCUUGCCAUUGAGGUGAAAAAACCUGAUGCCUCACAAUUUCCUCCCGUAAUCGGGAAAAAAGAUGUCGAUUCUCUCGAAUACCCUCCCUUGAUUGAAGAAGAGGGCCAUGUUGAUUCCGCUUCUUCUCCAUAUGUCGAAGAGGGUGGAACAAGCAAUCCUGAGACUAAUGCUGAUAAUCAAGAUGCAGCAGCAGUACAGUCCGUAAAGGAGGCAGGACGUGAAGAACCUAAGACUUGCCAACUUGAGAACACAGAGGGUGAACAAGAUGAUAUUGGAAAACAUAUGGAGGACCAAGGUGAUGCUGUAGACCUUUGUGAUGAAGAGGUUGGUGUGCAAGAGAGUAAUGGUUAUCAACUAAAGGCCGUGGAUACAGACGAAACUGGAAGUGACGAUGACGAGGAGUCAUCAGAAGCAACUCCUUUUGUGCAGGACUGAGGCGUGAUACCAGAAUUGCUGAACUCCAAUUUUGUAGUCAUUUAUUGCUCAAAUUUGCUAGUUUCCAAGUUUCCGAGUUUUAUUUCGCACUAUUGAAAUUAACACAGUAUAAGACGACUUAUAUAACAAGGUGAAGAAGAUAAUGAGAAUUAGAUAUCAUGCAGGUUUGCAUAUGUGUGUACAGUGACCAAAGUAGCCGUAGCUUUUGUGUUGGUCACUGUCCCUUUUAAGUAAAUAGAGAGGUCCAACAAACAAGUGUGAGGUAUUAAUAAAUUAGGAUAUUAAGAGAAUAGUUCUUAAUAUGAAUAGAUAGAAUGAAUACUAGACUUAUUGAUACAGCACGAUAAUAGAAAACACUUAGAAUUUAUAAGAAAAAAUAAAAA